AUGGCCUCACCGCGGCGCAUCAAGAAUUUCGCCAAUGACCCCCAGACACCAAUGUUCCUCUACAACAUCCUCAAGCAACUAGAUCUCAGGUCAAUCAACUGGAGUGAAGUAGCGGACAGUCUCGGCAUCUCAAAUGGCCAUGCUGCCCGCAUGAGAUACAGCCGCAUGAAAUCACAGUUUGAAGGCCUCUCAAGUCAAUCCAAACCACCAAAGCCCAAGAAGGAGAAUACCAGUCCAUGCAAGUCUGCCAAAAGCAAAGCCAAGGACAACAAAUGCCGCCUCAUCGAAGAAGAAACCGAGCGACUGGGUAGUGAACAACAGAGCAUUCAGUUUGCGAUGCAACAAGAACAUGAUCGUAAGAGAAUCAAACUCGAGCCACAGUCGUGCACGAGCGCUUGGAACACAACGGGCAGCAUCUACACCGGAUAUCCGGCUCUACCUGAUUUGAACACAUAUUGGUGUCAGCCGAGUACCAGAGCCGAGCCAACACCCGCUGCAAUGCCAACUGCCUCCCUUCAAAGCAUCCCAUCGACACCUGCAAUCAAGCAGGAACUGGAAAUGACUACUUUUUGUUCCAUUGGUCUGCCCAAUUUAGCGCCAGCGAUCAAGCAAGAGCCAGGCCUCCCAGCGAAGGACUCUGAUAUGGCUGACUCUGACGUUGUCAUGGUGGAACGUGGAGCAGGAAAGAGUUUGACGCAACGUUCACCUACUUUGGCAUACAACGUUCCCGGUGCUCCCAGCUAUCCUCCAUCUCGCACCAUCAACGCCUUCUUCGACCGCCGCCCCACAGCUGUUCUUAACACACAGCCUCGACCGUUGGUGGAUAGCAUGGCAGGGUACAAUACACCUCAGACCUUUUCGCAUGGUGCUUAUCCGUACGUUAUUCACGGCAAUACCGCGCAGAGUGCCUCGCCGUGGACUGCGCCCCCUAUGGGUCAAAGGCCAACUGCAACUUCGCUUGAGGACAACUCCCCCAACAUGAUGCUGAACCCCUACGCCACAACAUACCAAGAUAUGCUGAACAUGCCUUUGUACCGACGCAGCCCAUCUAUCUUGCCAAUUUCCAAUCUGAGCACGCAACAGAUUGUGAAUCCGCCAGCUUCCGAUCAAGCACCAUGCAUGGGACGAGAGCAAGACGUGAAAACUGCACCAUCGGCCACCGUUGCACCAGCUCCAGAAGACCAACACUUACGGGAUACCACGGCCAGCCUCAAUACCAUGACCUCCACUACGUUUCCGGACCCUGCGGCUGGCCGACCUGGACCGCCCAAGGCCGAAACUAUGGGUGAGCAGAUAUCCACCACGGGCAAUGCGGGCUUGGCGAAGACUGGUGCUGAGGGGUUGGAGAAUGCAUUUUCUACGCCACUGGUCUUUGACGAUUCUGUGGUGAAGAUCAAGACUGAACUAGUGGAACUUUGA